CGAGACCCGAAGGCCCAGACGUGGUGCGUAACGUAACAUUCCAUUCAGAGAAGAGAGAAAGAUGGCGUCCUCUAACAAUCCCCGCAAAUUUAGCGAAAAAAUCGCUUUGCAUAACCAGAAACAGGCGGAAGAAACUGCGGCAUUCGAAGAGGUCAUGAAAGACUUGAAUAUCACCAGAGCUGCACGGUUGCAGUUACAGAAGACCCAGUAUUUGCAACUGGGGCAGAAUCGUGGACAGUACUAUGGAGGCUCACUGCCCAAUGUCAAUCAGAUUGGAAAUGGCAACAUUGACCUGCCUUUUCAGAAUUCUGUGUUGGACACCAGUCGCACAACCAGGCACCACGGUUUGGUGGAUCGUGUUUACCGUGAACGAAAUCGCAUCACUUCUCCACACCGCCGGCCUCUUUCAGUUGACAAACAUGGACGCCAAAUCGACAGCUGCCCCUACAGCUCAGUUUACCUCUCCCCGCCACCAGACACAAGCUGGAGAAGGACAAAUUCAGACUCUGCCUUACACCAGAGCACCAUGAAUCCCAAACCCCAAGAGGUGUUUGCUGGCGGAUCACAGGAGCUUCAACCCAAACGAGUGCCUGGGACGGAGAGCGUGGAGACAAAUGUAGACAACGAUGCACAGAAACAGCUGUGGGAUGACAAGAAGGGGGAUUCACCAAACCACAACACAUGUGAUGUCCCAGGAAUCAAUAUUUUCCCAUCACCAGACCAGGAACUGAACCCAGCGGUGCUACCUGCUGCACACAACACAGGCGGCUCAUUGCCUGAUCUCACCAACAUCCAGUUCCCUCCUCCUUUGUCCACCCCACUGGACCCCGAAGACACAGUUGCCUUCCCUUCCCUCAGCUCGUCCAACAGCACAGGCAGCCUCACCACGAACCUCACCCAUCUAGGCAUCAGCGCAGCCAGUCAUGGGAUUCCUACUUCCUCCCAGCCAACCAUGACUGUAACAGAACAACGCCGCCAGCCCCCCGUGGUGCCACUUACACUAAGCACCGACCUCCAUCUUCAGAAGUCCACACAGCAGUUGUCGCCCACCCUCUCCUCACCUGUUAACAUCACACAGAUAUUUCCAACAGAACAGCAAACCCUGGAGCAACAGCUUUCCCAGUUCCCUCUUUUCAACCAUCUGACUGCUCAGGCACAGGCUCAGUUGCUCAGCGACCUGCAGAAGCAGCCGCCGCAGGGUAUCCAGCUCAUCACGCUGCCUGCUCCUCCUUCCACUGCUACAGGCCCCGCCACUGCCAACAGCCCAUCCCCGGACAGCCAGACCUCAGCCAGCAUCAGCUCGUAUCGCAAUCAGACUGGCUCACCAGCCACUCAGUCUCCAACCUCCCCAGUCUCCAAUCAAGGCUUCUCCCCCGGCGGCUCGCCUCAACAUAUUCCUGUGGUGAGCAGCAUAUUUGGUGACUCCUUUUACGAUCAGCAGGUGGCAUCGAGGCAGACCAACGCUUUGUCUCACCAGUUGGAACAAUUCAACAUGAUCGAGAACUCCAUAAGCUCUACCAGCCUGUACACGCAGUGCUCCACCCUCAACUAUACUCAAGCCGCUAUGAUGGGUCUUAGCGGCGGCAGCCUUCAAGAAUCUCAGCACCUUGGCUACAGUAGUCAUGGCAACAUUCCCAACAUAAUCUUAACAGUCACAGGUGAGUCUCCGCCGAGCCUCUCCAAAGAGCUCACCAAUUCACUGGCGGGCGUCGGUGACGUUAGCUUUGAUGCGGACUCUCAGUUCCCUCUGGAUGAGCUAAAGAUCGACCCCCUCACCCUGGAUGGGCUGCACAUGCUCAAUGACCCCGACAUGGUGCUGGCUGACCCCGCCACCGAGGACACGUUCAGGAUGGACAGGCUGUGAUGUGACCCGCUUGGCUGACUGAUGACGGCGAGCAACCAGAAGGAGGAUAAACACUUGAACGUGUGAAUGGAGGAGGUGAGACAAAAGGGCAGGGUUGAGCCCUCUCCCUUGUUGCAUGGCCAUCCAGCGGCCCGACCUCGCCCUCGACUCGGUAAAAGCUCUUUGACACAACGACGCGCCACCAAAAGAAUGCAGGGAAAAGGACGUCCUGUGGCUUUCGGGUGAAUGGCCGCGAUGUCCUCUUUUUUUAAAUUUUUUUAUUUUAAUUUAUUUUUAAGAGAUUGGUCGCUCAGCGCUUUUGCUAGCACAGCUGUGUUUACAGUGCACCAUUAAAUGCCACAUAUUUUCAGAAAAUGCAUUUUUUUUUUCUUAUUCAUAUUAGAUUUAAUAUUUAUUUUUAUUUAUAUUACUGUUAUGAUAUUUCUUUAUAUUUGCUGGUAGCGGGAAACUGCAGACAUUGGACUAAAGCAUUUGUAUUGGUCAUCUUAAAAGGGGGGAAAAAAAGCUGCUGGUUUUCCUGCCUGCAAUUUAUCGGGUCUUCAACAACUAUCACACUCAGAGCUUUACUUUUGACAACCAAAUGUUUCUUUUUUGUUUUUUUAAUCAUGCACAUGUCUUUUAAUGCCGUAUGUUAUGUGAUUUUUUUCUUUGUGAGAAUAUUUUUCGUUGGGUUUCAUACAGCCGAUGCCAAAAUGCUCUCGGUAGGCAUAGUGUAAAUCUGCACUGAUGUAAUUUAUUUAUGAAUUUUGAACAUAUUUCACUUGUGUCUGUAUUUAGGCUACCGCUAGUUGUUUAUUGAAGGAGUGCAAAACCUCCCCAUAGUUGCUCUUCAGUGUUCGAUGUGCCAUAUUCAUUGCUGUAGCCCAGAAGUGACGGUCAACUCAUCAUAAUUUUUAUGCCGAAAAACACACACAGGCUCCAAAAGCAGUUUAAAAAAAAAAAAUUACUUUAUUUUAUUAUUAUUUUUUUAGAAGAUCAGGUAUAACCACGUAACUGGAAAGCAGAAUGAAUUUUCUGGAAAAGAAAAGCCAGCAGACUGGUCUUUCAGGGAAGGAAGCUGUCUGUUUCGUAACUGGCAAACUCUCAAAUUUUAACUCUUUUGGAAGUCGUCACUGUGAAAAUCACCCGAUUUUGCCUUACAUGAAUAUUCUACUGUUAAGUGUCUAAUGUAACGACGUAUUUUCGUAAAUUCUUGAACCAUUUUCUUGUAUUUGACAGAGGCAUAUGUUUUUGUUCAGUGCUCUUUGUGAUUAUGUUGUGUAAAGUCUGACAAAUCAAUGUACUGUAUUUUGUAGCGGUACACUUUAUAGCCAAAUUAUUGACGUUUUAUUAAGUGGCGGAAAAGGGGGGGGGGGGUGUCAAAAUGUCGAUAAAUGCGACGGAUCGCAAAUAUGGGGAGGCUUUUUGCUCCUUAAAGGGGAAGCUCUAACAAAAACACUGUUCAACAUGACCACGCGAGGCAAACUGCGUGCGCCGACGGGCGUUUUUUAACAAUUCAGCAAUUCCGAGAAGAUAUUUCUGUUACAGUACCUCUCUUGAGAGUGUCUUAACAUAGGAAAUGGGAAGACGAGCAUCAAAUGGUCUUUCAUGGAAACGGUUCACAUAUUUAGGUGUCUGAUAGGCCAUUUUUCACCAGACUGAUCUCCAUCUCGUGGUGCAAACAACCAGAAUGGUGACAAAAAUAAUCAGGGAUGUGGUCCAAUCACAAACUGUUUACAGAUUUUCCCAAUUCAUGUUUGCAAAGAGUUUUAUCUUCAAUACCAUCAGCUCGCUCUUACAUUCAGAUUCAGCAGAAAACGACCCAUGGUGGCCUUUUGUCAGAGUUUCCCUGAGAGUUGUGUUUUUUGUGCAGUGCGUGCUCUUGUUUGGUAUUAUUCGAGCAUUUGUGUACAGACAUGCUGAUCAUUUGUGCUUACUACUCAACGCUUGGGAUCCGUUCCCAGCGCCACCAUCGAGUGGGGCUCACGGAAGUCUUUUUACUGUUACGCAUGAGUCGGCUGUACUUUGGACAGGUGUGUGGUUCCUAUGCAAGCAAGACUAAAACAUAACUUUGAAAGGGGGGGGGAAGAAAAUCCGUCUUGGGGUUCCUACAAGUAGUCUGGCGCAUAUCAGUUGAAAAGUUGUUGCUGCCAUACAUUCAAUUUACUAUUACGGAGAUGCGACAGUAUAUUACAGACAUUCUGUUGAAUUCCUCAAGUGCUUUGGAGCCGAACUGCUUUUUAAUGAAGCGUUACAAUUUGAGUUUGCGAUCAGUACUUGGAUCUUUCGAAGGCCAAUCCAGGCUGUGUUCAAGCACACAAGAACCCAACUGGUUGAUUUGAGCAACGUGCUAGGGCAUGUUGCUCAAGCACAAGUGUACGCGGCUUCCACGCGGAUAUUUGAGUUUGUUGAAGCUGUUCAUGGCGAACAAGAGCUGUAGGGUGAUACAAUGCAAUUGGCCCAUUGUGAAUCUUUUUUUUCUCUUUUUCAUUUUGACCUUUGAAAAUUUACUCUUAAAACUGACCUCCAAAAAAACAAAAUGAAACAAACAAAAAACCCAGACAUGUCAAGAAAACCAAGAUGGAUUUUUACUUUUUACAACUGCUGUUUUCAUUCAUCCAGUCAGUCAGUCGAGCUGAGCAAUGGCAGCCUUUGGAAGGUCUCUGUCCUUUCCGUCUGUAAUGCUGAAUAAUCCUUAUUGUACAUACACAUUAUAGCUGAUACAAUGCAUGAAGAAUCUGGCAGGUCAACCCUCUGAAUGAAAGCCUUGAUAGCUUGGUAGAACGUACAGCUGUCACAAAGUUUCGAGGGGUGCAUGUGGGGCUUCUCCUGUGCAGCAGUUAAUUUUGUUAACUCUUUAGUGACCUCCAAGUCUGUAUUAUGCUACUUCAUGACUCGAAGAAAAAAAAAAAAAAAAGAAGAAUGUACCAAGUGUGGCAGUAUCCUAGUCACCAAAGGACACGGGGAAUCUUGGUCAGACUGGACUGGAAUCCACAUUCGUCCUCUUGUUGCGGUCUCUCUCGCUUCCUGCCGUAGCAUCUCAACGCAUACGAGCACGUAUUCUCAUUAGAAAACUGCGUCCAACCCCUUUGGCGCCGCAGGCUUGUCGAGGAAAGAUGGCAGUUUGGCAUGCACAUUAUUUGUUUUGCAUUAGUGGACCUGAAGCUUCUGCGUUGCGGUCGGCCGCAUGACCUGAUACACACGAAGCAGAUUUUGUAUGCCGUGUAUGCGAUCAUUCUUGGCUCGAUCUCUGCUCAAGUGACAUCAGAUAUGAUUGUUGUUUUGAUUUGUUCCUCUUUCUGUAUCGUUAAGUGUCAUGUCAAGUUUUUUGGGCCAUGUGAGGUGUUUUGUUCAUGCCUUUCCUGUUUUUGUGCAAUGUUUAGUCCACUAGUUGCUUCGCACUUUAUUUGUGAUUCCCUGGCUUUUGAACCGGGACUCAUUUGCCUGAUUGGAAUGCUGACUGUUUCACACCAGACGUGUACUCCGGAGAUAUUUUCAUGUCAAAGAAAAGAUGAAUUCUCUAUUUUUGUUUUGUAAACUAUAUUUCAGCUUGUCUCGUUGUUGUUUUUAAUCUGUGAAGACUUUAGGGGAUGCAAAUAUAGAAAGGGCUUACUUUGGUGCAGCUUGCGCUCUUGUGUUGCAAAGGAACGUUGCUCCGAAUGUAAUUAUUGUAGGUCAUUUUAACCCCCGCCACACAAACACCCACCAGCGCACUAAAUCACCUCAAGCUUUCUGUUGUGGUUAUCUGUCGGGCAAACUAAAAACGAAAUCUCGGCUGAGGAAGUACCAAGGCACUACAUCAACUGCCAGAAUCUAGUGCUGCAUUCUAACUACAAAGUUGGUGAAAAGCUAUAUUUAUGAUGUCACGGCAGCACGCUUUCGAUCGGAAUCUUGCUUCAUCGGAUGCUUUCUGCAAGAACCCAGUGAGGUGAUGGCGUAUUUUGUCCCAAGUUUUUCUUGUGUCAGACAUUGGAGGUGCUCUUGAGCUUGCUUGCUGAAAGUGUGGUUGAAUGAAUGACCAAAAGAAUGAAUGAUGUGCACCAGACACAAGUGAGGCAGCUAAUACAACUUUAUAAAAUAAGGACAAUGGCUACACGGUUAAUUAUGGUUUUGCAAAAGAUAACUUGUUUAUUCGUCAACGUUCUGUCCCUUUUUUGUUUUUUUAAGUGCGGAACCCAUCAGUGAGGUGGUGUGUGACUUUUGCAAUAUUUGGUUGUGGUGAAAAAGGGGCAACUCUCCAGGCUCAUGGAUAGAAACUGCAGGAUGUACAGAUCACCUCAAAGUCUUGCUUUCUUGAUCAUGUGGCUUACCUGCAUGCUUUGGUUUGAGGUGUGUCUUACCUGCAGGGACUAUUGAGCACAACAUGCACUCAUUUUGGCUUCAAAAUUCAUUUAAGGUGAACCGUCUCAAAAGGCUGAGAAAGACAUUCUGUGUUUUGAAGGUGGAUUCUUCUAUCGGUCCUUAUUGCUUGUAUGUUGCUUUGUUUUUUUUUUUUUGGGGGGGGGGGGGUCAGACUAAACGGUCCCUUUAAUUCCACGCCAUUUUCUAAAGAACUGUACAGUUCAUUCAAGUAAAGGCUCCAGAAAAUUGCAAGUUACUGUAAGUUCCUCUUAAAGCUUCUAGUGAGAAUAGCAUUUUAUCACUGUUGUCCUGUAAGUCGUAGUAACCGAUCUGUAGAUAUUUAUUUGUUGCCAUGUGAUUCUCCUAAUAUGACCGUUUGUUUAUAGGCUGAAAGAAAAAUGUCAAUUAAAUUGAAUGUGGAUGACAUAUUUUUCUGCACAUCGUCUUGAUUUGCAAAAUGUUCCGACUGCGAAACUUUCAAUAUGGCAGCGUGUUGCUGUGGACAUGCAUGAUGUUUUAACCCUGCUGUAUUUUGUCUUUUUUUUUGUAAUCUGUAUUUCCAAAUACAAAUCUGAAAGAUUAUUUUCGAUACGUGCAUGCUUGUGAAAUGUUAAGUUUGAUUACCACUAAAAUCUGUUGAGUUA